CAUGGUCUUAUGUUUAGACAGGUUGUUCCUCAAUUUGAAAAGAAUAUGAAGUUCACCAGAGUCAGUCCAGCUUUUUAGAGAAUAUCUGAGCUAUUUGAGAGGAAAAUGAAGCUGAUUUUCUUUUUUCUUGUCCUCUUGAAGAACGGGAUUCAUCCAACAGAAGGACUUCGUGUGUUUUAUUCAUCGGAGGGAAUUAUUUUAAAAUAUUUAUUUCUACCAUAUUAUAAUAGUUAUCAAAAAUGUUGUUGUAAGUUUUAUCAGUCGGGGUGCAUCAUCUUUGUGAAUGAUAGAGGACAAUUUAACUCCCUGUAUCGAGGAAGAAUAUUCAUAACCAAUUAUUAUGGAGAAUUUGAGGUAAAAAUUACAAACCUGAAUGUAAUGGAUGCUGGCAGAUACAGAUGUGGUGUCGUAGACUUCCCUGCCACCUAUCAAGAUGUUGAAGUUACAGUUUCUGACUUCAAUUAUUUCAGUGGUGUAGCCACAGCUCCUCUCCUGCCAAAAUCCUCCAUCAAACCAACUGUCUGGCCUUCUUCUUCUCCCUCUACAACCAUUAGCAAGCAUGAUGCAGAGACAAUCAGCAGUGACAGUUGGAGGACAUCCUACACGCUAGCUGCUGUUGUAAGUGUUCUGGUGUUUGCUGUCAUCUCAAUGACACUGCUCGUGUAUUGUCUAAAGACCAGGAAGAAGAAAUCCACAGAUAAAAGUGAAAUUUGUGGUUUUCCUAACACCACCCUGGAGCAGAAUGGCAUCAUCUACUCUUCAGUGAACUUCCAGCCACACCAGGAUCCAUUUGAACUUUAUGCCAAUUUGCAGAUACAAAACCCAAGAUGUACAUUCACAGUAGAGGAAAGUGUAGAAUAUUCCGCUAUCAUGACAACACCAGCAUAAACAUUUGCAAACUUUGUGUUUUAUGUUUUCAUUGCUUUCUUUUGUUUUUGUUGUGUUUGCUUUUGUUUUCUUGAGGGAUUUUUUUUCUUGAAACUGUAUUAUUAUUUCAUCACUGUACUGAUACUGUAGUAGUCAUUCUAUUCUUGAAAAUUUUAUGAUGAUGAUAAAUGCCUAAAUGUCUAUAGCAGUAAAACAUAUAUUAUUUAAAAAUUAGUUACUCUUUACUCUGAAACUGUUUAGGUUUUAAACUUGAUAUAGGUGUCUUAUAAGGACUUGAAUCAGGCAGGAUGACAAUUUGUGAUGCAAUAAUUAUAAUUGCAAAGUUUAUUUUGGAUGAACAGCUUCAAUUAUGAAACUCUAGAUUUUGAAAUCGGUGCAAACCAGUUUUUGCAAUCCAGUACUUCUUUAGGCAGCAACAGUUAGACCCAUUAGAAUCUAGAAAUAGUCUAAAAGCUAGGCAACAUAAACAAAAUGUGGUGAUGCCUGUAGUGUGUGACAUAUUAUGUUAGUAUCGAAUAGGAUUUAAGGGACACUGGGUUAAUCAAGGCCACUCAAAUGAAUCAAGUCUACCAAUUUCCACAAACCAUACCAAUAAAUUCAGCAGUGACAUUUUA